AUGGUUAUCGGUUGGACGCUGAGUUUCGCGAUGCUGCUCGUCAUGGCGUGCAUGGAUGCCGGUGCUCCGUACUACCCGGACAAUAAGUACGCGACAAUGGAGAAGGAGGAACUGACCCCCGAAAUCACCGCAACCUUUAACGAGGCUGCCCACCAAGUAGGCGGCAAGUUCAUCGUUCUCAUGAUGAUCGCUGCGAUCGGUUACGUUGGUGCCGACGUGGCAGCCGACGCUAUGAUGGUGGAAGUUGCCCAACGUGAGCCGGAGGCUACGCGUGGUUACACUCAGACCACAAUCAACAUGGUCCGUACGGCUUUCGUGACGAUCUCCAGUAUCCUCACGGGCCUGGCUUUCAACGGCAAGGACUAUGGAGGCGACUUCAACUUCUCACAUAGCUUUCCACAGUUCAUGGUCAUUCUUACAAUCUGCUGUCUUCCGAACUUCACCAUUACUUGUGCGGACGCGAUGCAACCGUACUGGGCCGGGGCCACACCACUCAACCAGAAGGUGAUAGCGAUUAUUGGCAACGGUAUCUUCGCAGUCACUCUUUACUUCACUGGUAAAUAUGGUCUUCACUGGAGCUGGAGAUCAAUGCACGCUAUCACGAUCGUAGCGGUAACAGUACUGGAUUUCGUCGUCACUAUGCUGACGACGUGGAAUAUCUUUCGCAACCAGUGGUUUUGGCUAGGAGCUCCUGUGGUGGAAAACCUUCCUUAUGGUAUUUCUUUCGUGAUCGGAACGUACGUGAUCAUAGAAUUGGCUGGAGAGGGUAACGAAGGAGCAGUAUAUGGUCUAGUGGGGUCGAUUGCCAAUAUCGCAAUCCCCUUGGCUAGUACUCUGUCCAAGAAUGUGGAUAGCAACUUCGACGUGACCAACGCCAAUAUUGUUGAUGAUAGCACACAUGUACGUUCGGAGGUGACGUACGUACUCAUUAUCCGUUAUUCCAUGAAUCUGGCUGGACUUAUUUUUCUGCCGCUGCUUCCUCGCCAAAAGGCUGAGACUCAGCAGCUUAAGCUCAACGGUGGCUCCAGUCGCUUGAUGGGUAUCUUGACCGCCUCGUACUUUACGAUCUCAUUGUGCUGGACGGUCAUGGUAAGCAUCAUGAGCAUAUAUCCAUCAUCUUCCUGUCUCGUGAUCGCAAGAGGAACCGGCUGCGACUAG